AAAGUUCCAAUUGAGGCCAUAGGGAAGGGAAACAGAUAACCUUAGAUUACAACCAAUUGUUCUGAGAGAAUAUAUUGACAUUGUGGAUGGCAGUGAUUUGAUAGAAAAUAUAUUGAAUAAACAAAAAAAAAAUCAAUCCCACUUGUCAAAAGCAGCACAAUGACACAACUAUUCGAAAAUAUCCAGAUCUCGUGUGCGGUGUGAUGUGAAGAGUUUGGAAUAUCUAAUCGAAUAUUAUAAAGGUUCAUCAUCGGAUGUAUAUUUUGAUACUAGAACAAAAGCAGUAAUGACACACGUUGACAAGUACUCAAGGGAACAGCUGAAAGAGAAGAUUGCGACAAUUCGUGAAAUAGUGCCAAACAAAAGUAAUGAUGAGAUAGUACUAGUAUUACAACAUUUUGAUGGCGACUUAGAGAAGGCUAUUCAGUCAUUUACAGAUGAUGGUGCUGCAGAAGUGUUGAAUGAAUGGAGCUACCAAGGAAAGAAAGGAAAGACCAGUAGUAAGAAGAAUAAAAAGAAAAAAUCUAAACAACUUCAAGAAUCUGAUAGCAAACAUGGCGAUACAGCGAAUGCAGUACAGCAACCAGUGUCAACAAAAAACCAAACAGUUUCAACAAAGCAACCCAUCUCAGAAAACUCAGUCAAAAAUGUAGAAAAUACAACAUGUGUCGCUACACAUGAUUCAGCUACCACUAGUCAGGAGAGGAUGCCACCCUUAGUGACACCUGAGGAGAGUAAAGUCUCUUCAUUAGAAGCUUCUGACAAACCUCAUAGGCCAGAAACUUCGCACAAGGAUGAACAUUCCAAGGCUGUACCGAGCAAGGAUCACAAGAGCGGAAGACACUCAAAACGUGAAAGAACCAUUAGCGAGAAAAGUACAUCAAGUCAGAAAGGAAAUGAAAAAUCAGAGAAAAAGACAGGUGGGGCAUUGGAUAAAUCAGUGAAGGAUUUACAGAGAACAACAGUUUCGCUUGGACAUCACCACAAUAAACAUACAGAAGAAAUGGAAAAUGCUUUCAAGAAAAUCAAGAGUGCAUUUGCUGAUGUUCACACAAUACUUCAAAACCGUGAAGUUGAGCUGUUGAGAGAGCUGAAUUCAAUUAAGGAACAAGCUGCUACAAUGUUUGGUAAACGUCAGCAAGAGGCUGUUGAAUUGAAACGACGUGCAGAGCAAGUUAAGUUUUUAAGUGAAAUACAGCUAUUAGAGUUAAGGGCCGAUAUUAAGCAUUUUGUGUCAGAUAGAAAAAUAGAUGAAGCACUUGGAAGAACAUCUAGAUUCCAAGCAGAUGCAUCUGCUUUUGAGGAGCAUGUAAACUCAUUUGGUGAAGUGACACCAAUCACAAGUCAGUAUUCAACACGUCGACACUCUUUGACAUCACUUAGCAGUGAUUUAAGCAGAUCUACCUCUGUCAACGAAGAUCUCACUCCUCAUGGUCGUAACCCUUCCGACGCUCUCAUGGAUGUUGAGCCUACAGAUGAUGGCAUAUCUAUUCCUACAGCAGUUCCUGGGAUACAGAUGACAGCUGCUGAGAUAAGAGAACUUCAAAAUAAACUGUUGAAGUCCCUUAAAGCGCAGGGAUUACCAGUACCUAAAUCACCACCACAUAGGAAUAAAGGACACAAUACCAAAGAUUCUAACCAGAAUCAAUUUAACAAACCUGCCAGCCAGAAAAAAGAAAUUUUUAGAAAACCUCAUCGUGACCAUGAUAGACCACAAAAUAGGCAACAAGAUAGACUUGACAAGCAGAAAGAUAGUCAACAAAAUAAACUGCAAGAGAGGCAAAAUGAUAAACAACAUGAUAAGUACCAAGAUACUCAAUCAGAAAAACAAGAUCAGCGACACUCUGAUUCUCAGACAACAAAAAUUGUGCGAAGGCGUGAGCAGUACAGAAGACGAAAGCGAGAACGACAGAGCCAUUCAGAAAGUAAUGAUACUGUGGUAAACGAAGGUAAACCUAAUUCAUUGGAAAAUGGUUCUGCUGAGAAAGGUUCGACACAGACCAAAAGUUAUGAAAAUAAGAUGAAACCAAAGCAAAAUAGGAAUACUUGGACAAGGAAUCACUCUGCAAAGAAACAGCAGGGAAGACCAAAUAAAGUGGAUGAUACAGCUCAAAAGGAGGAGAAUAUAGAAUACAACAAAAUAGAAGAAAACAAAAAACAAGAAAAAAGUGGGGUGAAAAGUACAGCACAGGAAAACGAUAGACAACCAAAUGAAGAUACUCAGGUCAAUGUGGAGAUAAAACCUCCUAAUACUGAAGUAGGAUACAAACCUUUGACCAACGGCGCAAUUCCACAAUCUCCUAAAGGAAAACGCCCUCCACGUAAGCCACGCCCUGCAUCAGUGCCAAACGGUGUUAUUCACAAUGGUCACACUAAAAAAGAAACUGAGGGCAAAAAGCAUGAGGGUGAAGACCUUGCUAAUAAUAAUAAAGAUAAUAUAGAUAAUGCACUAGUAAAUGGUGUUGUAAGUAGUACGACUGAUUUAAAGGUGAAAACCAGUAAUCAGGAAAAACCUGUUCAGAGCGGUCAUGUUAAUGUAUCAGUCACAGUAGAUGAGUGAAUGAAUAGAGAGUUUUAGAUCUGAUAAGCAAUGUGGGUUUACAUCUGUGCACAUGCGUGAUUAUAUCCAUAAUGAACAUCAACUUUUGUCUAGGACAUGAAAUCAACUUUGAAUCUUGUCACUGAAAGUGUUUUUGACCAAUCAGAAACAAUUUAACACACGUCUACAGCAACUAAUUCGUUCUAGCUGGCGUUUAAGGUAUACUGUAAUGCACUAUGACGUCUCAAUGCGUUAUUGCAUUGUUGAAACAAUACAGUAAUCAUACUCUUUUGCAUGCUAUAUAAUUAGCAUAGGUUCCCAGAUUACUUGUCAUUUCAGAUCUAAAAUUCACUAAUAAUGUUGUAAAUCUGAUUAAAGAUGUUCUAGCAAUAAAAUAUUUCAAUAUGCUAAUCAAAUUGAUAUUCUACUUAAUUAAGGAAUGUUUUUUUUUUAUUGAUACAACACAUAGCAAAAAUGAAUCCCGACACUGGUACUGCUACGUUUAUAUUUUUGUAGCGGAUAGGGUAACUGUGUGACAUUGGUUUACUCGCACACAAACAUGUUUGUUGGUACAAAUUUUUGUCAAAUUAUGUAUUUUGAAUAUUAACAUACAAGGGUCUGAAGUUGAGGUGUUGGCAGCUGAAGUUGAGAUAGUCUUAUCCCAUUUUGUAAACAUGUAACAGUUCCUAGGAUUCUAUUGAUAAUGAUGUGACCUGUGUCAAAUACUUAACAAUCAUUGUGGCACUAAAGUAAAAAUUGUAAAUUGACUGGAAUUGAAUUUUCAAAGAAUGUUCAAACAUUUACACACUGGCUUCAGCACAAUUCAUCAGUGUAACCAUGUGUUGUUUUUCACAAUCUUUCCCAAAGAAGUUCGCCAGCGUUCACAACAAUUUUUACUAUAUAGAAGGACUAGUCCUUAAUUCAUUGUGAAGUUAUUUAGGGCUAAUUAGUUGUGUAUGCUGAAGUUAUGUAUUAAUUUAGUGUAUUUUCAAA